AUGAAAGCAAAUCCUAUUAGACGAGAUGCAUUAGAAACUAGCUUACUUAAAAACUUGUCUGGUAAACUGGAAGGCUUAAUCGAUAAAAAUAGAAUGGAACUCUCUAAAACCUCUGUGUUUCACUCUGAUGCCAUUCCUGAUAUUACUCUUGAGAAUUAUUUAAUGAGAAUUUAACGACAUGCGAGAUGUAGCGAAGAGUGUUUUGUUAUUGCUUUAAUAUAUUUGAAUAGAAUUUAGGAAAUAAAUCAAGAAUAUUAGUUUACCGAAAAAAAUAUACAUAGGUAUUUUAAAAUCACCAAGUUUAGAUUUUUGAUUAUUGCAAUCGUUUUAGCAAUAAAAUUUUAAGACGACGAAAUCUUUAAGAAUGAUUACUAUGCUAGAGUUGGAGGAAUUUCAAUCUAAGAAUUAAAUGAAAUGGAAGAGAGCUUUUUAGAAUUGUUAGAUUUUGAUUUGUUUGUUUACCACGAGACUUACUCACUAUAUUUAACAGAAAUAAAGUGUUCUCGAAAACCUUUUUGACUAUAAAUUCUAUUGAAGACAUUUUAUGAGUAGCAAGCCUUGUAAAAAUAAUAAAAAAUUAAUUUAAAAUUUAAUAUUGUUUUUAAAACAAAUUUUAUAAUGCAAAUUAAUUUUGCAUAUUAAUAAUAAAAUUAUAAGCAAGCUUUCUGAAAAGGGAAAAAGGUAUGAUGUAAGAGAAUAAUAAUUUAAUGCCUGUUGAUGAAAUCUGGAGACAACUAAGUAAAGUAACUGCAACUGUAAACAGGAAUGUUGAAAGGAUGUCUUAAUUAUUAGAUCAACUUAUUACCCAUACACUUUCUAAUGAUGGCGAUUAUAUAGAAAUACCUUAAAGAAAGGAUGAGCAUUUAAAAGAAAGAGAAAAAUAUGCAAAAGAUUACAAAAAAUGUAUACUCCGAGAAUUGAAUGACAAACUGAGCUGGAGUAUUACAGGGUCUAAAAACAUUUGUAAUAAAUGUUAAAUGAUUUGCAAAACUAGAAAAGGCUACUUACUUCAUUUAUUAUAAAAACAUUGUGAGUACAAAUUCUAUUUGUGUGUAAAAUGUUAUGAUAAAUUUGAUAAUUUUAAUAAAUUUAAAUAACAUUUAUGCAAUAACCAUGACGAAAUAAUGAUAUUUUAAUUGACUGAAUAACUAUAAUAAUUAAUAGAUCAUGGAGCAAGGGAAAUAUCCAAAGAAUGA